AUGGGUUACGAUAGCAACAACAAUACCAACAACAACACUGUUUCGAAUGAUACACAGUACACUCCAUUGGUCAACACAAUGAUGUAUCAGCCACCAAACUACUUGAAUGGUCCAGCAUCGAAUGAAGCCUUUAGCAUGGCUCCAAACAUGUACAUUGCUCCACAACCAAACCAAAUCAACAACAACAACAACAACAAUGAGAACAGCAACACCAACAACAACAACAAUCAAUACAAUGGAUACCCAGGUCAGUUUGCUCAACCACCACCAGGCUACUACCAAGCAUACGUGCCAGCCGCAGCUAUCAUCACAACCACCACUGUUGAGGAUGCCCCAGCUCAUGGUUCGCGCAGCUACUUCCACGCCGAGGAGGUCACCGGCGCCCUCAUCAUCUUCCUCUGUGGUUUCUUCCUGAGCUGCAUCUGGCUCGCUGGUUGCAUCUACUUCCGCUCAAAGAACUCCACCGCUCGUGCUCUUGGUAUCCUCUCUGUUGUCCUCUUCAUCCUCUCCUUCAUUCUCGCCAUCAUCAUCAUUUCAAUCAUCGUAGCCACACCCAACCAAACAUACAACUAA